CACCACUGGCCACCUCUUCUUGCCGCACCUUCAGAUGCUCGAGCUUCUCGUUGCUCUUCUCGUUUUUCUAGUCAUACAUUCUCUAAGGCAACGACAACGGCAAGGCCUUCCCGUGUGGCCUUUUCUUGGAAUGUUGCCUUCCUUGGUGCUUGGCCUUCGUGUCGAUAUGUACGAAUGGAUUUCCCAAGUUCUUUGUCGGCAAAACGGGACUUUUGUGUUCAAAGGCCCAUGGUUUACCAACCUGAACUGCGUAGUCACUGCGGAUCCUCGAAACCUCGAGCAUCUUCUCAAAACCAGGUUUCAAGCGUACCCGAAAGGUCCGUAUUUCAGGCAUGCCCUCCGGGAUCUUCUUGGGAAUGGAAUCUUCAAUGCUGAUGACGAGAUCUGGCAGCGGCAGAGGAAGACAGCGAGCAUCGAGUUUCACUCGUCAAAGUUUAGAAACAUGACGACCGAGUCACUACUGGAGCUCGUCCACCAAAGGCUAUUGCCCGUCUUGGAGGAUUCUGUUGAACGAUCUACUGCAAUUGAUCUACAGGAUAUCCUCCUGAGACUAACGUUCGAUAACGUUUGUAUGAUCGCUUUCGGGGUUGAUCCAGGGUGUUUAGAUCCUGGACUUCCGGAAAUUCCGUUCGCUCAAGCCUUUGAAGCGGCCACGGAAGCAACUAUACUACGCUUUGUCACUCCAACUCUUAUAUGGAAGAUCAUGAGGCAUCUGAACUUGGGAUCAGAAAAGAAAUUGAAGCAGUCGAUAAAAGGAGUAGACAAUUUUGCAGAUGAAGUUAUUCGAACUCGGAAGAAAGAAGUGUUUUUGCAGUCUGAGGAGAAGAAACUGAAGUCUGAUCUCUUAACAAUCUUUAUGGGACUAAAAGAUGAAGAAGGACACCCUUUUUCAGACAAGUUCCUACGUGAUAUCUGUGUAAACUUUAUACUCGCUGGAAGGGACACUUCUUCGGUGGCAUUGAGUUGGUUUUUCUGGCUUCUUGAUCGUAAUCCAACGGUGGAGGAAAGAAUUCUGGGCGAGAUAUGUCAGAUUGUGAAGGAUAGGGAAGAUGAGAGCGAAAGUGAGGAUCUAAUAUUUAGACCACAAGAGGUGAAGAAGAUGGAGUAUCUGCAUGCUGCUCUAUCCGAGUCCUUGAGAUUAUACCCUUCAGUACCAGUAGAUCAUAAGGAGGUUGUUGAAGAUGAUGUCUUUCCAGAUGGGACGAUCUUGAAGAAAGGAACAAAAGUGGUUUAUGCAAUCUAUGCAAUGGGAAGAAUGGAAGCGAUAUGGGGAAAGGACUGCAGAGAGUUUAGGCCAGAGAGAUGGCUAAGGGACGGGCGUUUUAUGAGUGAAUCAGCCUACAAGUUCACAGCAUUUAAUGGUGGACCGAGGUUGUGCUUGGGGAAAGACUUUGCCUACUACCAGAUGAAAUUCGCUGCCGCCUCCAUCUUAUACCGUUAUAAAGUGACGGUGGUGGAAAAUCAUCCGGUAGCACCAAAGCUUGCACUCACUAUGUACAUAAAGAAUGGGCUGAAGGUGAAGCUUUCAAAGCGUAGCAAGUCUGAACUCCAAAUGUAUCACAAUAUCAAAUAUUGAGCUCCUGAUGAAGAUGUGUGGUGUUUAUGUGUUCUUUUUCUUUUGUAACUUAUUCUUUCUAUAUGAUUUUUGUUUCAAACCAUUAUACAUUUAUAAGUCAGGAUUGUAUUGCAGAAAAUGCAGAAAGAUGAUAGACAGACUGUCAAGAAUAGAUGGAGAUGCAUUUUAUUGUAACUUCCAUAUAAAUAAAGGAUUUUCGUGGUGCUAUUCAUGUUCAAG